AUGGGGAAACAUCGUGAUUGUCGAUCGGGCCAGAAAAGAAGAAACACGAGGACUCGCCGGAGACUGAUCGCUGCUAUGAUUCGUCGCCGGAGAAACCCACACCCUUCCUCCCUCGUUCUUCCUGUCGAUCAAACAACUCUAAACAAACCCCCACCAAAUGUUGUCCCAGUUCCGAUCCGCACCUCCAUCUUCCCUUUGUGUUACCUGCCAAAAUCAGAAGAGAAAAGGCGACGAGUAACAGCCGGAGCCGCCUCUCGCCACCAUUGCUGUCGAUCACAACUUCUUCCGUCGACCUUGCUGCCGUUUUCUUGGCUCACUGCCGGUGGAGAUUAA